GUGGGAACGAUAAUGGUGGCUUCCACAGUUUGAAGGCGGUGAGUUGGUGAUGAUGAUAAGACGUUUGCUAUUCAGACUGAAGCCUGCAACGUGGAAGCAGUGUCUCCAUGAGAUUCAUACUCUGAGAUGGAGAGAUACUCAUGAUCUGCAGCUACACUCAAGUCUGUUUACCUGGGGGCAAAGCUGGUUACUUGGGGGCAUCAACAAAUUCAACCUGCCACUUAAUAGGCUUUUAGCAACUAAAAGGCAAGAUAAGUGUAAGAUUGCUCCAAAGAAGCAAAAGCAAGUGAAAAAAGAAGUGGAGAUAAAGCAAAAGAUGACUGUCACUGAACUUGCAGAAGCAAUGGAUAAAGAUGUAGAUCAUGUAUAUGAGGCUCUACUCCACACAAAUAUUGACAUAGACUCCAUUGAACAGGAUAUGCUCUUAGAUGAAAAAUGGAUUAAAGAGGUUAUAAAGAAAUCUGGAAUGAAAUUUAAAUGGGCAAAACUUGCAGAAGAAAAAGUGAAAGAAAAUAAAGAUGCGGUGAGGAGGCCACCUUCAGAUCCAGCUAUGUUGGUUCCCAGGUCACCAGUGGUUACUAUAAUGGGUCAUGUUGAUCAUGGAAAAACAACAUUACUUGACAGUUUGAGGAAAACCCAGGUUGCAAGUAUGGAAGCAGGAGGUAUCACUCAACAUAUUGGAGCAUUUCUUGUGCACUUACCAUCUGGUGAAAAGAUAACCUUUCUAGAUACACCAGGCCAUGCUGCCUUUUCCGCAAUGAGAGCCCGUGGUGCUAAUGUGACAGACAUUGUGAUACUGGUGGUUGCUGCAGAUGAUGGAGUAAUGGAGCAAACCGUAGAAUCAAUUCAACAUGCUAAAAAUGCUAAUGUUCCAAUAAUUCUUGCAGUAAACAAGUGUGACAAACCAGAAUCAAAUCAUGAAAAAGUAAAAAAGGAGUUGUUAGCUUAUGAUGUGAUUUGUGAAGAAUAUGGUGGUGAUGUUCAGUCCAUAAAUAUAUCAGCCCUUAAGGGAGACAAUUUGAUGGCUUUAGCUGAGGCUGCUGUUGCUCUGUCGGAAAUGUUGGAGUUGAAAGCUGAUUGUACAGGACCUGUUGAGGGUGUUGUUAUUGAAUGUCGGAAUGAUAAAGGAAAAGGACCAGUCACCACAGCUAUUAUCCAACGUGGAACGUUAACGAAAGGUUGUAUCCUAGUGGCAGGGAAGAGUUGGGCUAAAGUACGGUUAAUGUUUGAUGAGAAUAACAAACCAAUGAAAGUUGCUGGACCAAGUACCCCAGUGGAGAUAGUUGGUUGGAAGGAACUUCCAUCUGCUGGAGAUGAAAUUCUUGAAGUGGAAUCAGAGCAAAGGGCCAGAGAGGUGUUAGAUUGGAGGAAGUACGUUGAGACACAAGAAAAACUUAAACAAGACCUUGAGGUGAUUGAAGCAAAACAGAAGGAACACCAGGAAAUGUACAAGAAGGAACGGGAGAGCUUUACUAGCAUGAGCUGGAGACGGAGAAAAUCGGCUAUGUACAAGGCCAAUAAACACCUAAUGGCAACAAGGCCUAAAGAAAGGACUGAGACUGAUGAGCUUUCACUUCCAAUAAUAAUAAAAGGUGAUGUUGAUGGUUCUGUAGAGGCCAUUCUAAACAUCCUUGAUAGUUAUGACGCUGAUGAACAGUGUAAACUCAAAGUAAUUCACUUUGGUGUUGGAGAUAUCAGUGAAAAUGAUAUUGUUUCAGCAGAGAUUUUUUCAGGUCUUGUGUUUGGUUUUAAUGUAAAUGCAAGCAAAGAAGUACAACAGAUGGCUACCAAGAAAGGAAUAAAAAUCAAAUUGCAUAAGGUUAUCUAUAAACUCAUUGAUGACCUCAAGGAUGAACUGAGUGAUAAGUUGCCACCAGAUCUUGAAGAAAGUAUAAUAGGAGAAGCGUCUGUGUUGGCACUCUUCCAUGUAACAAUAGGUAAAACAAAGGUUCCUAUUGCAGGGUGCAGAGUCCAGAAGGGUCAGUUGCACAGAAAGAUGAAGUUUAAGCUCAUCCGUGAUGGAAAUAUUUUGUGGAAUGGUUUUCUCACCUCUCUCAAACAUCUGAAGGACGAUGUCCCAGUUGUGAAGACAGGGAUGGAAUGUGGCCUCAGCUUGGAUAAAGACCUUAAUUUUGAGCUUGGUGAUGAAAUUAUUUGUUAUGAAGAAAAACAAAUUCAGCAAAAAAUAUCUUGGGAUCCAGGAUUUUAAACUUGAUUACAAGAGCCUAAGAAUUUUUAAAUUUAAUUAAAUUGCACUGUUAAUAUAAAGACCAGUGAAAUGACCAAAUGGAAGAUUUAAUAAUGAUGUAUUCAGCUUUUUGUUUGGAAAACUGGCCAACAUGAAAUGUGUCGAAGUAUUUCAUUGGGAACUACUUUGAAGGAUGAUGAAGGUUAAUUCAGUGGAUCCACGCAGACACCAUUUUGAAUGUAACAAGAUCCUUGAAAUUACUGUCUGGUAUGAAUAUUGCAAAGUCUUGCUACGGCCUGGAGAGUUUUAAAGUCACAAUUUGAAAUGUUCUUCAUAUAAUAUUGUGUGCAUUUUUGCUCCCUGGUGCCAGGUUAAACAUUAAUUAUCAAUGAAACAUAACAAAAACAGGUUAAAUAUGGAUCUAGAUGCCAAUGAUAUAUCUGGUAAUGUAUGCGAUGUAAUUGUCUCCAUUGUGCUUUUCCAUUGAAGGAGUGUUGUUGGCAUUGGCAGCAUUCAACAUAAAUUAUUUGGCUCAGAAUCCCAAUGGUAUUGAAGAACAGGAUUUUCACAAGACUCAACUGCAACUGAAUCUCCACUUAUAACUAACAGUAUGCAAAAUAAAGGAGUAGUACUUGUGGUUACAGGUCUUCCUUGGAAUUUAAAAAUGGUUAUAGGAAACAAAGAUUCAAACUAAGCUUGUUAAAAAAAAUCAUAUACUUCCAGUAGAUUUAGAUACUGAAUCAUAAUUUUAAAUAUCAUAUGGAAAGAACCUUAUAAUUGCAAAAUUGUUUUCUCCACUUUGUGUCUUUGAGUUGUUCUGAAAAUUAGGUAAAAACAAUGACUGCAGAUGCUGGAAAUCAGAUUUUGGAUUAGUGGUGCUGGACGAGCACAGCAGUUCAGGCAGCAUCUGAGGAGCAGCAAAAUUGACGUUUUGGGCAAAAGCCCUUCAUCAGGAAUAAAGGCAGAGAGCCUGAAGGGUGUUGAAGUAACUGUAGGGUGUUUGAGCACGUUAUGGUGAUGGAAGGCACAAUAGGAUUUCAUUUCAUUCUGGGACUAUUUAGCAUUGAUAUGGGUAUAACAAUUUAUUAAGAUUAUUGCCAAAGUAUUGAAAAUGAUAGAGACAUAAUCACACUUCUGCGUUGGAAUACUGAGACAGUAAUAAGUCCAAAAGCAGAGGGCGUAGGUUUCAGGUGAGAGGGAAAACUUAUAAAAGGGGAGAGGUUCCUUGUGGUUUUCUAUUGGAGAGGUUAAUUAUGUAAAAAUUAUUAGGAGCCAACUUUGAUAAAAUAAUGUAUGAAUAUAGUCUGGUAACAUAAUUUAUACAUGGAAAAAGUGCAUGAAUGCUUUGUUACAGAAUGCAAAUCCAACUGUAUCCGGUUGCAGAUCCUUGCGAUCAAUUUCAACUGUGACCCUCUAACGCCUGCUUGCCAUUUGGGCAUUCCUGAAAACUACUGUGGUCAUGUAAAUUGAACAAUGUGUAUCAAAUCAGAUGAAGAUAAUAGAGCUUGAAUUAUUUCUCAAUUACUUUAGUCUUUCGAUAACCUAUCUGUUAAUCAGCCAUAGUCAAAUGUAACUCCACCAUUGUUACUUUGCUCAAAAUUUAGUCAUUUUAGCAUCUAUUUUUAUAGAUUUGGAUAACUUCAUUAAUUACUUUUAGAUCUGCAAUUUACAGCAUGGGGAAAAAGACCAGCAGAUGACACUAUAAAAUACAAAAUGGUCAAUGUGAUGUACUUUGAGAAUGAAAGUGUAAGAAAGCCCCACGUUUGCAUAUGUUUUCUGUUUAUGAAAGUACUUGCAUACAAGUAGUCAGCUAAAUUGUACUUAAAACAGGAAAGCUUUUUUUUGAUAGAGGCAGUAAAUCCAAGUAACCCAAUGGACUAGCAAAGAAUGAAAUGGAAACAACAAUGGUGACUGCAGUAUCUUUGUAUUCUUUUACCCCACCCAAGCUCCAAAAAGAUGUAUUUUAUAUAUCAAUAAUUUGAGUUCUGGAUUUCGAAAUAGAGGCAGAAGGAUGUGGGUCAGAUCUGCGAAGGUCAUUUCUUUAAACAGUUUAAGAAGUCAAUUGAACAGUGUCCAAAGUGCAUCAAUUCCAAGAAGACAUGUGACUGCUGUCAGAUUCCUUGGAGAAUCCUUCUGGCAUUAAUGGAUUGAGUGUUUAUAUUGCUGACAAAAUACUGAAGAACCACAGUUUAGUUUUGUCUUCAGAAAAGAAGAUUCAAGGUUAUUGUUCAGAAGGGAGAAAAGUUUCUCUUAGGAGGUACAUCACGCGUUUGUUCGAGGGAGCCAGUCACUCUAACCAAAGUGUUUUCAUGUGAACUUCCAAGUUAGUUUGAAUAAAAACUUUCUUGGAGCUGAAAAUAUUCAUGGGGAAGGAUGUUGUGAAACUUGAAAGGGUUCAGAAAAGAUUUACAAGGAUGUUGCUAGGGUUGGAGCAUUUGAGAUACAGGGAGAGGUUGAAUAGGCUGGGCCUGCUUUCGCUGGAGCGUCGGAGGCUGAGGGGUCACCAUAGAGGUUUAUAAAAUCAUGAGAGGCAUGGAUAGGAUAAGUAGACAAAGUUUCUUCCUUGAGGUGGGGGAGUCCAGAACCAGAGGACAUUGGUUUCGGGUGAGAUGGGGAAGAGAUAAAAAAGACCUAAGGGGCAACUUUUUCACGCAGAGGAUGGUAUGUGAAUGGAAUGAGCUGCCAGAGGAAAUGGUGGAGGCUAGUACAAUUGCAACAUUUAAAAGACAUCUGGAUGAGUAUGUGAACAGGAAGGGUUUGGAGGGAUAUGGGUCAGCUGCUGGCAGGUGCGACUAGAUUGGGUUGGGAAAUCUGGUGGGCACGGGCGAGUCGGACCGAAGGGUCUGUUUCCGUGCUGUACCUCUCUAUGAUUCUAUGACCUCAGCGGCAACUUUUUCACACACAGGGUGGUACGGGUAUGGAAAGAACUGCCAAGGAAGUGGUAGAGACUAGUACAAUUACAACAUUUAAAAGGCAUCUUGCUGAGUACAUGAAUAGGAAAGGGUUAAAAAAAUUAGGGACAAAAUGCUGGCAAAUGACACUAAAUUAAUAAAGGAUAUUGGUAGAUGGACCAAAAGGUUUGUUUCCGUACAGGACAACUCUAUAACUCUUUGACUCAUUCCCGAUGAAGGGCUUAUGCCCAAAAUGUUGACUCUCCUGCUCCUUGGAUGUUGCUUGACCUACUGUGCUUUCCAGCACCACAAUAUACCAUCCAACAAACAUCAAAAUACACUAAUCCCAUUUACCUGCACUUGGUCCAUAGUCCACUAUGCUGCUGGCAUUUUCAAUAUGCAUCCAGAUUCUUCUUAGGUUUUGUAACCGUACCUGCCUCUUCCAUCCUCUCAGGUUUCAUACCUUUACCACUCUCUGGGUGGAAAUUUUUUUUUCUCAAAUUUCCUCGAAGCCACUUACUCCUCACCAUAAACUUAAGCCCAUCUGUGGUUAGAUUCUCACUGUCUACUCUUAUAAUUUUGGAAAUAUCAGUCAAAUUCCUCCUCAACAUUCUCUGCUUCAUGAAAAGCAAAUCCAGUCCAUCCAGUCUCUCCUUAUAAAUGAGACUUUUCACCCCAGGCAAUAUCCUGGUGAAUCUCCUCAGUACUGUCUUCAAUGUUCUUCUGAUAGUGUGGUGUCCAGAACUGCACACUGUAUUUCAUCUGUGGAAUGCUUUAUAAAGUUGUAGCAAGGCUUUCUUGGUCCUAUAUUCUUCACGCUUGCUGUGAAGGCAAACAUUCCAUAUGCCUUCUUCACCACCAUGUCGACUGUACUUUCAGGGAUUUAUGGAUUUUAACACCAAGGUCCCUUUAUUCCUCAGUACUUCCUAGAUACCUAUCAUAUUUUGUAUAUCCUUCCCUUCUUAAAGUUUCCAAAAUGCAUCACCUCACACUUAUUGGGAUUAAAUUUCAUCUGCCAUUGUUCUACCUAAUUUACCAGCUGAUCAAUUUCACACAGUAGCCUGAGACCAUUCUCCUCACUAUCAGCAGCACUCCCUCUUUUUGUGUCAUUUGCAGACUUACUAAUUAAACCUCCUAAGUUCACAUCCAGAUUGUUAAUGUACAAAACAAACAACAUGGAUCCCAGCAUCAAUCCCUGUGGACACCACUGGCCACAGACUUCCAAGUACAAAAACAAUGUUCUACCAUCACCCUUGGCUUUCAACGUGUAAGCCAGUUUGGGACCUUUAAUGUAUGGAAAAACAGA